AAUAACAACAAAGUUUAUUGAAAACUCACAUUGUCUGGGGUUGACACAGUAUUUAAAAACUAAUACCAGAAUGGAAUAUUGUUUAGCUGACAUUGGAAUUCUUCGGAGUAAAUCCGUGAAAGAUGGCGUGCUGGACGAAUCCCUCGGAAAACAGCUGUUUAAAUACAACCGAGAAUCCUACCAACAAUUAGACGAAUCCUUAGAUAUCAAAGCACUUCUACGUGAUGUUAACCGCAUUCCAGAAUAUGAACUCAAGCAUCGCUCGGACGCUUCGGACAGUGGAACGACAUUCCUGUCUUUAUUCUUGCGGCGUCUUCGACCGGAGGAAUAUCACAACGUCGGUUGCUUUCUGCAGAGGAAGCGAAUGGUGGAACUAUUCUUCGAACAAAUCGAACGGCACGAUUUCGUGCAACAGCAAGAGAUGGAACUUUACGAGGAAACGACGACGGACGGGAGCACUCUGACGGUCAGUCAGUUUUACGAUCGGCUGAGACAGUGUCACACGGCGGACAGUUUGGAUGUCACUAUCCCGGAAGAUGUAAGUCACAAGCAUUUAAGACCUACGUUGAGAACCUACCAGACACAGGCGAUCCGAUGGAUGCUGGACCGCGAGAAGGUUCCUCGAACCUUACCGGCGCAAUAUGUCAAGCUGAGAUGCCAGAAUUUUCCAGGAAUGGAUUUUUAUAUGUAUUUGGACAGCUAUGAGAUAGUUGAUGAAAUGCCGAGAGCGACUCCGAUUCCUCCGGGGGGGAUUUUAGCCGAUGAAAUGGGGUUGGGUAAAACGGUGGAGAUGUUGGGACUUUUAUUAUACAAUCGAAAGAAGAAACGUAAAUUUGUGGAACUUGAGGAAGACGCAAAAAUUUCUGACGAAUGCGAAUUUAGAUGUAUUUGUAGCAAACCAUCAGACAACAGUAUUAUUACGUGUAGAAAAUGUGGCCAACAGCAGCACAGCAAAUGUGUAUUGAAAAACGCUCUGCAACACCCGACUAGAUAUAUUUGUCCGGAGUGUUGGCGGUCGGAACCAUUGGUGGAAGCUGGUAGCACUAUAAUCGUUUCACCGGUGUCAAUCAAAAUGCAAUGGGCGUCCGAAAUCAACAAACACAUCAAGGAUACCAACUUCAAAGUACUUGUCUAUGAGGGCGUUGACAAAAGCGGUUGGAUCUGUCCGACUGAUCUGGCCCAGUACGACGUUGUGUUGACGGAUUACAACGUGCUGAAAACUGAGAUAUACUAUACUGCCACAAAUGCUCGCACUUCAAGACACGAGAAACGGUUCCUCAAUCGAGUUUCGCCACUUCCAUUAAUCAGAUGGUGGCGGGUAUGUCUGGACGAAGCCCAAAUGGUGGAAGGUGUUCACAACCAGACGACGCGAAUGGUGAAAACACUUCCGGCUGUCCAUCGCUGGACCGUAACGGGAACACCCAUCGAGAAGAGUGUAGAUAAUUUGUACGGAUUGGUACAUUUUUUGGAUUAUGCUCCCUACAACGACUACCAUAUUUGGAAGGAAUUGGCCGGUCGCUACGAGGUAGGCAACUCGCGCCCACUGCUGUGUGCUAUGGCGCGAAUCAUGUGGAGAACAUGUAAACUUUCUGUUCUUGAUCAGCUAGGCAUUCCACCGCAGACGGAAGUAAUCCAUCACAUAACGAUGUCCGAUUUACAGAACUUUUUCUACCGUAUGGAACACGCAAAAUGUGCCACAGCGUUCCGAGAGAAGGCAGAGAAACUUGGUAGGGACAUCAGAAUGUCCCGGAUGAAUAUUCAAACGUUGAAUUUGAUUAUGGAACCUCUCCGGAAAUUGCGUCAGGAUUGUACAAUCCCCUCGGUGAUUCACCGGUCGGACCAGCUCACCAUGAAGAAGUUACUCACUCCCAACGAGCUGCGGCAGCAUUUGAUCACCACCAACGAGAUAGACUGCAAAUCCCAGCUUCGGUCGAUCGCAUCCAGCAUCAACGGAAUGGCCGCUAUCUAUCUGAUCAAACGAGAUUACGAUCGGGCGAUAAAGAUGUACAAAUCAACACUUCGGUGGGCGGAUGAUUAUCAGGGAACGAUAAGUGUUGAUUCGUUGCUUCAAAUUCACGCUCUCCACAAUCUGUUGGAAGUUUAUGCGAUGAAGCGGCAGGAGAGUGAAGAAAUUUCGUCGGAUGAAAUUGCCAAUCUUGAGGAACGUUGCGCAAAACUCGAAUGGAAAUACAUUGAGAACUAUUCAAACAUAGUUAAGAACGUAGAGAAGGAGCUUCUUCCUAUGGCACAAAAGGUUCAGGAGAUCAUACCAACAAUCGAUGGCCACUGGUGGCGUCGUGUGAUUUUUUCGCUGGAUAGAGAUUCCACCCGGUUGGCAGGUUUUUUGACCAAACUAAACAUCGAAGUGCGAAAUCACAGCGUCAUGGCCGAGAGUAUCCAUACUGUUCACGGAUUGGACUACACGCUUACCGUUUGGCUGGAUAAAGUCAAGAAACAUCGACUGGAGCUGGAGAGCGCAUUCGAAACGAUCGAAUACUUUAGCGCGAAUCUCAACCCAAAGCACCUGUGGCCGGCGGAUGUGCGAGAUCGGAUUGAGCAGCUUGUGAGAACUGCCUUCCUUUGUCAUCUUGAUCCAGAGUUGCCCGAUUUACCGGCGAAAGAGAAGCGGAGACGUCCGACGUGUGUGCUGUGCGAAAUCAAGACGACACUCAACCUGUACGAAUGUGUGAUCUUCCAGAAGCAAUUCAUGGAGAGUACCAAUACGACCGAGGGCUCGUGGCAGAUGACCGUGCAGGAACUGAUCAUAAGGCAAAUACACUCCUUCUCCAAAAAAGAACAUUUGGAUGCAACCAUCACCGAGGAGGGCGACCAAUAUGUGGCGUUUAUGGAGCGAAUCAAGGCCGAAUUCAAAGAGUACUCCAAAUAUUGGGUGGAAAUCAACUACACCGUUGCGGCCUACGAUGAGCUAAACAUGUGCAGAUCACGUCUCCAGACGAUCACCCUAGAGGAGCUGGAACAGAACAACGGCAAGAAAACUAUCCAGCAAAUACUGGACUGUGAGGUGGAUGAAGUACUUCAGGAUUUGCAGGUGCAGAAGUUGGCUUCGGAACGAGAAUUCGUGCGACUGAAGGGAACCCUCAAGUAUCUGCAGCAUUUGGGAAGCGUGGAGGAGAUCGAUGUGUGCCCAAUUUGUCGAAACCUUCCGGAAGGAAAGUACGCCGUUCUGCAGUGUGGACAUCACUUCUGUACCGUUUGUGCGCCGCAGCUUGUGAAAAUUGCCCGAGCCCAAGGAAAUAACGUUAGCUGUGUCGUUUGCCGUCACCGGCAACGAGUCCAAGACAUAUACUAUGUAACGUGCUCCAAAUCGGGUGCCUCCGAUCAAGCGAUUCACGUGAAGGGAAACUAUUCUAACAAAAUACUUAAAAUUGUCGAAACCAUUAUGCUGCUGAAAGCGAAGGAAGCGGAAGUUAAAAUUCUUAUAUUCUCCCAUUGGGAUCCAAUUCUGCUAAUUUUGGCACGUGCUCUCGAUGAAAAUGCAAUCACCCAUCGCAUGAAAUCGGCCAAAUUUUCCAAAAGCAUAGAAGAAUUCAAAGACUACCGGAAGGGGAUUACUUGUAUGUUGCUGCCGUUGAAGUAUGGCUCGAAGGGGCUCAACCUGAUCGAAGCGACUCAUGUGUUUCUGGUGGAACCAAUUCUCAACCCUGGUGAGGAGCUGCAGGCAGUCGGACGAGUGCACCGUAUCGGACAAACGAAGCAAACCUUCGUGCAUCGGUUCAUCGUACAGAAUACGAUCGAAGAGACCAUCCAUCAAACUAUCCAAAGUGACCGCAGUGGCAAAUGGAGUUCCAAGGAGGUGACGGUAGAAAACUUGGAACAAUUAUUUCAGCUGGAGGAGGAAGACACUAUCAUCAUUGAUUGAUCCCAUAAUUCAAGGUCUCUCCAAUUGAUCCUCUGUGACUGUCAUCAUUUCAAAUUCCACCGUGCGGAUAUCAACAAUAAUCAGUGCAUUCAAAAAGUUCCGGGACUACCGCGCGCUAAAAUCGAGAAGUGGCGCUAUCUCUGCUCCAACGCACAAGCUACUUUGCGCCAUCUUCUGGCCAGCUACCGUUUCUACCGUGAACCGCUAUCUCGAUUCAGUAGCUAGUUUUGGCUGAUAAGAGUAACGCAGUGAUUUUUUGUCGCGUCACAAUUUUAAUUAUGGAGUAGAGAGCCGCCAUCAAAUUUUGUGCCUCCAGGGCAAACAGUGAAUGCGGUCUACUGCAAAAGUGUCCUGGAACGAUUAUUUGCACGGAUACGGCGCGUGCGGCUAGACCAGUACCGAUCUGGAGAAUGGUUUUUGCUUCAUGACAAUACGCUCGCGCACACCGCGAUUUUGGUAGCGCAGUUUCUAGCCAAACGA